AUGUCUAAGUGUAUCAAGUUUGAGAAUGGAUUGCACCCAGAGAUUAAGAAAUUUAUUACGUAUCAAGAAAUUCGCAAGUUCUCUGUGAUGGUUAAUAAGUGUCAUAACUAUGAUGAAGACAGUCGUGCUAGAUCCUCAGAUUGCAAGAGUUUCAGUGACAAGAGGAAUGGUAUUCUGAAUCACAGAAAACCGUAUGGUUCUCCAUCUGUUAAAGGGAAGUUGUGUACUUUUGAUGAGAAAAAUUCAAGUGGGGGAGGAGCUCCUAAUUCUGUGAGAUGUUAUAAAUGUGGCGAGUUUGGGCAUCACAUUUCUGAGUGCAAGAGUACGAUUGUGAACUGCUUCAAGUGUGGGAAGCCAGAACAUCGGGUUGCAGAUUAUAGGAAUGAUGUUGUUGCUAGCUACAACUGUGGAGACCAAGGUCACAUCAGUACCAAUUGUCAGAAGCCUAAGGAGAAUCAGUCAGGAGUAAAGGUCUUUCCAUUGUUUGGUACUAAAACUACUAAUACAGACAGGUUGAUUCGAGGUACAUGUUAUAUUAAUAGUAUUCCCCUAAUUUCUAUUAUUGACACUAGUGAAAUACAUUCUUUCAUUUAUUUUGAUUGUGCUAAGAGGUUGGGUUUAAAGAUAUCAUCCAUAGUCGGGAGUAUGAUUGUUGACACUUCGGCUCUUGGUCUAGUGACAACUUCUCUAGUUUGUUUGAAAUGUCCAUUAACCAUCUAUGGUAAGAACUUUGGGAUGGAUUUAGUCUGUCUACCUCAGAAUAAACUUAAUGUUAUCCUUGGGAUGAACUGGUUGGAGUUCAACCAUAUGCAUAUCAACUAUUACAACAAAUUUGUGUCAUUCCUUGAAAUCAAUGAAGAUGAGGGUGUGUUUAUAAUGACUAAGCAAGUGAAUGAGGUUGUGAAUGAUGGGGCACAGGUGUUCCUGAUGUUGGCAUCUAUGAGUGCAUAA